AUGCCGAAAAAGAUGGGAACCAACUCGAAAGCCGUCGAGGCUCGGGAACGCAAAGCGGAAGCCAAAAAGGUCGCCAAUGAUAAGGCGGCGAAAGCGGCAGAGGAUGCACUAUGGGUAGACGACGACAAGCAGUUGGCGAAGAAAAAGAAGCAAAAGGAGGAAGAGGAACGACGCAAAGCGGAAGCGGCACGCAAGAAGGCUGAAACCAAAGCUCUGCUCGAGGAAGAAAUGAACUCCAUCAAGACGACGGCAAAGGUACCGGCCGCAAAGGUAACACGAUCACAAAUUGAGUCCGAAAUAGAAAAGCGUAAUCGUGCCGUGGAAGCGUCGACAGCGGGCACGGUCAAACCGAAACUCGUUCCGAAGGAAAUCCCGCUCGAAGAGAAUCUGAACCGUGUGAUGGCGGACACGGAAGUAGCACAAACGAUCGAUCAGGCCAUUGCGGUGCUCAGUGUGGGUGAUGCGUCGGCCGCCGAUCGACAUCCGGAAAAGCGUAUGAAGGCAGCCUACAGAGCGUACGAAGAGGAAGAACUGAAACGUCUAAAGCAAGAGCAUCCAUCGCUGAAACUGUCGCAAUUGAAACAGAUGAUUUUCAAAAACUGGCAAAAGGCCCCGGAGAAUCCAAUGAACCAAAUUUGA